UCAGAAUCAACUCAAUACUCUCAGAUCUCACAUUGAGAACAGAUCUUGCGCGAAAACAGAGCAAGCAAACAGCUCAGCCAUCCUCCCACCUCAACCAAAACAACCAAACAACAUCACAAUGGCAGCAGCAACAAGCUUCUUCCUCACCUCUGAGACCAGCCCAGGCAGCCGCAAAUACAUGAGCUCAUCCAACAGCACAUCGCGAUCAUCUUCCUACAACGCAUCCAUCCAAGAAGAGUCUGCUGCUCCUCGCAAGAACCAGACCUUGGACAGCAUCUCAGAAACCGGCUCCUUCAUCUCCAUGGACAAGUUCAUGAACGAACAAGCCAAGUCUGGCAGCUCCUCGAGGCGACAAGCAGUGUCGAACAAGCUCCGAGAAUGGCGAUCUGAGUCCCAUGCCACUUGGAAGAAGGUCCAGCCAUACUAUGAGGACUUCAAGUACUGGGUCAUGAUGGGGCCACACUAGAGGAUGGAUCUUGUUGAAGUGUUUAUUGGAGGUCGAUGACUGUUUUCGGGUUCGAUUGGUAAAUCCAGGAUUGACGGGCGCUGGAGUUCGGGCAUGCACUAGAGUUUUUCUUGCAAGGUGUUGUAUGCGGCUUUUGAGAUACCAGUAGAUGAGUAAUGAGAUAAUUUUGACCUUUCUUUGG